AUGCGUGAUCGCGCUCUUUUCCUCUCCGCCUUGCUGGCUGGACUGCCGCAUGGGACGCUUGCCCUGGAGAUGGCAGAUGGCAUAGGCAAACUCCCAGCUUUAGGCUGGAGCACCUGGAACGCCUUUGCCUGCGAGAUCGACGCAGACAAGAUCAUGACAGCCGCCAACCAGUUCGUUGAACUGGGCCUGAAAGACCUGGGCUAUGAAUACAUCAACAUCGACGACUGCUAUUCGGAGAAGAACAGCCGCGAUUCGGAAACCAAUCGCAUCAAGCCCGACCUGAACAAAUUCCCCGAUGGGAUUUCCGGACUUGCAGAGCAGAUCCACGCGUUGGGACUGAAAGUGGGGAUCUACAGCAGCGCCGGAACGGAAACCUGCGCCGGCUAUCCCGCCAGCCUGGGCAACGAAGACAUUGACGCCGAAACAUUCGCCGAAUGGGGCAUCGACUACCUAAAAUACGACAACUGCGGCGUCCCGCCAGACUGGGCAGACGAGUACACCCACUGCGUCCCCGACACCUGGAACGGGGACUCCCUCUAUCCGAACGGCACCUGUCCGGAACUGUUGAACCCGGCCCCGGAGGGCUACGACUGGAACGAAUCCAACACGGCCAAACGGUACCGCGCUAUGCGCGACGCUUUGCUGAAGGUCGACCGUCCGAUCUUGUACGCGCUGUGUGAGUGGGGCCAGGCGGACGUCAACGCCUGGGGGAAUGAAACGGCGCAGUCGUGGCGGACGACGCCGGAUAUCACUGAUUCCUGGGACCGAAUCAUCGAACUCGCCAACGAGAACUCCUUUUACAUGGAAUACGUCGACUUCUGGGGCCACCCGGACCCAGACAUGCUGGAAGUCGGAAACGGAAAGCUCACGCUCGAGGAGAACAGGGCGCAUUUUGCGCUGUGGGCGGCGAUGAAGUCGCCUCUGAUUAUCGGGACCAGCCUCGACACAAUCGACCCCGACCACCUCGCGAUCCUCAAAAACGAGUACCUCCUCGCCUUCAACCAGGACCCUGUGAUCGGCCGCCCCGCCUACCCCUACAAAUGGGGCUACAACGAAGACCACACGUUUGACCCUGCCCAUCCGGCAGAGUACUGGUCGGGCCCAUCGUCUACGUUGGAGGGGACGCUGGUGCUGAUGUUUAACUCGGAGGGGGAGAAGAAGACGCGGACGGCGGUUUGGAGUGAGAUUCCGGAGUUGGGCGGUGGUGAGCAGAGGGAUGAUAGGCAUCAGAGUGGUCGACGCUGGAGUAGACGGGGUCAGAAUGACAGACACCAGAGCGAUGUCAAGGGUAAGGGGUUCCAGGUGACUGAUGUGUGGACUGGGAAGGAUUUGGGCUGCAUUGAGGAUCAGUAUGAGGUUGAGCUGGAGAGUCAUGAUAUUGCUGCGCUGGUUGUGGGGGGUGCUUGUUGAUUUCGUUGGAUGUUGAGGCAG